AUGGAUGAUGAACAAGAUCUUCGAAAACUAAAUCAGGAUCCAAUAACACCUACUCCAUGCAUUAAAAUUCUCAAAGAUAAAUAUGAAUUAUACCUGGAUUAUGAAUUAAUUGUACAAACAACAUCUUCGUAUGAAGCAUUAUCACUUCUUGUUUCUUUAUAUAAUAUUUUUGAAUAUCAGACAACAGCAAUCGAUAUAAGUACUGGUACUUCAAGUAAAUCAUCACUUGAACCAAAUACAAAUAAUUCAAAUAUUUCACAACAAGAUGUAAACAACAAUAUGAACAUGGUAUUGAACACACAAAACGAUGAACUUAUAUCAUCAGAAAAGCAUUCAACGGAUGCCAUUGGUCAUGAAGAUAUUCUUGAAUCAACUAUUGCUACGUCUAUGGAUACUUCAUCAAUAAUUGUAUCAUCAAAAAAUAGCAAAAAACGUGUAAAAACAAAAUCUAAUAAAGAAACAAUAAGAUCUUCAUCACGUAUACAAUCAAAAAGAUUACGUUUAUCAUAA